GUUAAUACCGGUCUGAUGAUAUCUUAUAAAAACAAACCCUUUUUCAUUGCUCCUUCUUCAUGCUCGUCCAAUGUUUUGUGCUAAUGUCAACUUUGACCUGUGACGUGUUAAAUCUACGGCAAUUCAUCAGGGUCAACGCAACCGAAACACUUCCGAAUCCACGCGACUGACAGUGUCUCCAUUAAUUGACAUGAGUGUUUAGUGAAGAGAUACCCUCUGUAGGAGUACAGCCGAGACAACGAGGAUGGCUCUAGAACAACUGAGUGAUGUCGUCCAGAGAUGUCAAGCCAUCCAGGAUGACAACUAUACGACUGAGGAUUAUUCCGUGUUCCAGAUAGCUGGACGUACCUGUAUAGAGGAUGGAGAGAGUGCUCAGGUUCUGAGUAUCGUCGUAGAUGAGGAAAAUAAGAACAUAGUGAGAUGUAUGGGCUGGAACCUGCUGGGUCCUCUGGUUCAGAUUCUGCUGAAGAAGGAGGAAAAUAAUCUUCCUCACUGCCUCGCCAUCCUCACACACCUGCUGGAGGUUUGCAGUCCCAAGGAGCUGCUGGUUGGCUUGCUGGAGCAGGUUGAGGAGGCCCACUCUGACUCCAUCGCAGAGACCGUCAUCCUCCUGCUGCAGCCACUACAGAAAGUGUUGUUGCGGCUGGGCGGCCGGAAGGCCUCCUCAGUGGGCAUGGCUCUCUCCACUCUGCUGGGCCAGGUGGCCAGGCUGCCUGUGCCCCAGACCAAGGAGCAGGAGGAGGACGACGUGUUCAGCCUGUGCCGCUGCUGCUCGGCCCUGCUGGUCUUUGUCAGGCCCUUCGUGGAGGAGGCCAAGCAGAGCAGGACGCCCAAAGAGGAUGAGCUGAGGACUGAGCUGCUCAAGUUCAGUAUGAAGAGUCUUUGUGAGCCUCUUCUGGAGGUGCAGCUGAAGGAUCCUGAAACGCUAGCAGAAUCUCCCCUCAGGAACUUUGCCACAGAGAUUGUGGGCAUCCUGUCGGACAUCGGGGAGUCCCUCCCUGACCUACUGUCUCACAGCCUGCUGAGGAGGAGAGAGGUGCCUGGGUUCCUGGAGGAAGAGGUGUGCUACCCCAAAGAGUCUCUGGCCAGCCUGGCCUACCUGCUGUUCGUCCAGCACAUUGCCAUGGAUACUUUCCCCACAGUCUUCAGCUCAGUGUUUGUUCUUCAGUGUAAUAUGGAAUACAUCAACCUCUUCUUGAGCAGAACGGAAGAAUCCAGGCUGCAGAAAGGACUGGACCUGUAUGAAAAGAGCCUGGUUAGGGUUGAGGACAACAGUCUCCCAGUCCAGCUAAUGGAGCUCAAAUCCUUCUUCAGUGUCCCUCAGAACUUGGUGAAAGUCAUGACCUUGUGUCCAAUUCAGCAUUUGAGAAUUAAAGGACUAAAAGUGCUGCAGUUGAGCAUCGAUAAAUUUGACACGGAAGCCAAAUACAAAUUCUUCCAGUGCAUGCUGAAGACAAGUCACCAUGCAGGAGUAGAGGGCUACAUCAUCAAGAACAUCAAAAACCAGAUCGACUUUGCCUUAAACCUGGACAACGGUAACGAGUGGUUCAUGGGGGCACACCUGUUCCCUCUCCUGCGUCAGGUGCUGUGUCUCCCCCAGGGUCCUGAGACCGACCUCCUACAGAACCUGGACAGGGUGAUGGAGUCUCUGAACCUGCUGCGCUAUUUACUCAUCAGAGACAAAGCGUGGAAGAACCAGACGGGGAUCUGGACUGAGCUGUAUAAGAUUGAGGACUACUACAUGAAGCCACUACGCACGGGGUUGAACAUGUCCAAAGCCCACUACGAGGCUGAGCUCCAGAACACCAAAGACAACAGCAAGAAGACCAAUGCUAAAGCAGAGUCCCAGACCCAGGAGUCAGUGUGCUCUUUGACAGUAGGGAACGAGAAGAUGCCAAACAUGACGCCAGAGAUGCAGCUUCAGGUUCUGCACUCAGCACUGCACACGUUUGACAUGAUGGAGAGCGUCUUGGCGAGAAUAGAGGAAAUCAUCGAAGUGAAAGAGAAGCCCUGAGCUACAAUUUCACCGUGUUGUAUUGAGGCCUCAUAAUUGAACUCCAUGUUGCCUAGAUAAGCAAACAGGUGAUCGAUAGAAAAGCAAAGCACUUUGGAUUACUUGUUUCUGGUGAACCUUCUUUGGAUUCUGACAAUGUGGUGUUUUUUAUUUUGGCAUCGUUACCUAAUUGUCUGGUUCAGGCAUAAUGACGCCAAGCUUCUUGAAUAACGAAUAAGAAAGCAUGUUGAGUCUUCAGCUCUGUACCAGACUAAAUGCUCAAUGGCAGUUUUAAAUGUCUGCCUUUAGUUACUCAAAUGCCACUAAGUUAGAUCCUGAUGAUGGAUCUUUGUCAGACAGUUAAUAAACUCAAGCCUUUUUAA